AUAUCCCAAAAUGCUCAGAAAACCGAAACAAAAAAGAACCAAAUUCCCAAUACCAUAAAUCUUUGUAUAUUUAUAGACCAUAUUUUAGCUAACGUGCACACAAGUGUGUGUAUACGUAUAGAUGUAGAUAGGUGCUCUCACAUGGCCAAUAAUCCUGUUAACGUGCGCCCCGAUCAUCCACAGCCACAAGUUGCUCUCACAUUCACUACUAACGUGCGCCAGGAGGAGACUACGCCACGUCCUUCUGCUACGGCCACCGCCACAGCAUUUGAAGACCCAUCACCGAGACCCGAUCAAUCUCCUCGCGUAUCAUCGGGUCAACAGGCCGCCUCCGGUGGGAGCCCAAAGUAUCGGGGAGUACGGAGCCGGAGUGGGAAAUGGGUGUCCGAAAUACGGGAGCCACGUAAAACUACGCGCAUUUGGCUCGGUACGUACCCGACACCGGAGAUGGCGGCUGCCGCGUACGACGUGGCGGUGCUGGCCUUGAAGGGUCCCGAUACCUUCCUGAACUUUCCGAAUUCCAUCGUUUGGUACCCGACACCGGCUUCGACGUCGGCGAGCGACAUACAAGCAGCGGCGGCGAGUGCGGCGGAGGCCAUGGCGAGGAAGCCGGACACGGAGAGUACGGAAGAAUAUCCGGAAACGAGACCAUCGGAGAAGGAGAUAACGACAGGUAGUAGCGGUCUGAUGGGCGAGGAGUUCAUCGACGAGGAAGAGCUUUUGAACAUGCCGAAGUUGCUGGUGGACAUGGCAGAGGGGAUGCUCGUGAGCCCGCCGAGGAUAGAAUCGAAGUGCUCGGAGGACUCGGAUGUAGAUAAUUUAUGGAGUUAUGCAUAAAGGGUACCUUAAAUCUGAAGAUGAAACAUACAUGUUAUUUUGUCAGGUACUGGUCUGUAUUCAUCGAACAGUUUGAGCAGUCAUGUUCUCCAUUGCACAGUAUGUGUGGGUUUUUUUUUUUUCCUUCAAUUCCUUCUUGCUGGGUUUUGUGUUACUGCAGCAGUUUGUAACUUAACCAGAAGGGUUACAUGGUUUUUGUAGAGUUCUUACUUUGUUUCAAGAUCUACAAAUAAAAAAAUUACACAAUCUACUUAUAUAUAGUAUUACUUUUAUAAAUAUAAGAG